AAUUUGAUUUGCAUUGUUUAUGAGAAGACUGAAAAUAAUCAAAGUCAAAUCCUGAUGAUGUAGGUCGCAAGGUGAUUAGCUUUAGAUGCUAAACCGCAAAUUUACUCUUCUGUAGCAUCUAGCAGUGUCAGACAAAGAAGAUCCGAGGAGGCGAAGUAUAUUUUUUGAUUCACGAAAUGCACUAAUAUCUGGGCUUGCUGGUCAAAUUUAAAAAUAGCAUGUGUGUAGUUGGAAAGUCAAAUCAGCCACUGAGCAAACUGAGGGUCAGCCCAUUCUUAAUACGACCGCAGAGGGGCGCUGUUUCAAUGUUGAACACUUUAGAGACUCAGGUUAAACACUCACCGGCCAUUACGUCAUGCUUGUACUGGGUUAGACUCUCUUCAGAACUGCGUUAAUUCUUCGUGGCACAGAUUCAAGAAGGUGUUGAAAACAUUCAUCAGAGAUUUCCAGUUUGGCACGACAGCAUCACACACUUGCUGCUGACAGAAAUGUGAGAUGAACAUCAAUAAACUUCUCACCAUACCAGCCAAAUGUCGCUGCAGAAAUUCGAACUCGUCAGAGCAGCCACCGCGGGCAUGUGAAGACUACUGGAGUGAGUUUAGACACUGCAAAAGUUUAAAAAACUGCUUUCACCACUACUACACUUACGGUACCGUGCCGUCCUGCCAGCAGUGGAAAGAGGACUACCAUAACUGCAGAGAGUGGGAGAAACAUAGAGGCACCGAGGCUAAGGAGGCGUUGCGGAGAAGUGAGAAAAUCCGAGUGGCAGAGCAAAGAAACUUCAUUCCAGUGUGGCAGCUCAGGCAGGAGCCUCCUAGAGACUGGCACGUGCCACUGAACCAGGAGAAGCCUCAGGACUCCUGAACAUCGAGUUUUGACAACAUGCUGUGUUUCAGUUAAAGAGCCUGGACAUUCUUGUGAUCACGAGCUGUCAUGAGUUGUAUUCAGAGAACUGCUGUAUGUAAAAUGAUAUGUACAGUAUGUCUAACAGCAGCUAGUGGUCAGCGAUGAGGAUUCAGCCUCUGUUUUAUCAGUGAAUAUGAUCUCUUUCCAGGCAGGCUGGUGUGUCAUAGGUACUAAUUCUGCAAAGCUUGUGUAAACUUAAGCACAAAGACCGACUGCACUCGGAGACUCUGUGAAAAUUAGCUCUAUAUUAUCCUUAUUUUGACAGGAUAUAUAAUCAAUCCAUGUAAUCAGUGAUCUGCUUCAUUCUCUUUGAAAAAGGUGAAGAGCCAGGUCUUUGCAUGGUACUGGUAGGCCUAUAUGUAUUUGUCAGCUGCUAAGCAUAUGAAUUGACUUUAAGAAAGGUUAAUUAUGUAGCUCUUGAUGCUGGAGUCAGGUCUAUGGGAUGUUUAAUCUUACUGAAAAAUUGACAUGACAGAAUCCAGAGUUGUGUAGCAGUUUUCUGCCUUAUAACAUGACAUGUUCAAAAAGAUUCUGGAAACUGGAUCAAUAAAAAGAUGUAAAUUUUUA